AUGAAAGGUACAACGUCAGAUAGGGAUCGGAUCCAAGAGGGCCAAGUGACACCCUCAACAGCUCACUCCCUUCUUAAUGUCUCUAACAAAAGAAUUUUUAAGUACACAAAAACGGGUUCUAUAUAUGUAGGAAAAAUAAAGGCAAGGGUGAAGAUACACCACCAAGACAGGGAGAUGAAAAAGCGAAAGACGCUCUACAGGGUAUGUGACAAAUUAACCCCCAUGGGGUACAAACAAAGUAACCUAAAUAUUAAAAGGGUUAGAAGCGACAUAUAUAAAAAAGUGUUACGGAGAAGGGACCCAUUUGGUGUGUAUUUAAUGAAUGACUCCAAGGAGGGACAAUUGGCCAAACGGACAGAUCAGGCGGAAAUAAUUCACAACGCCGAAAUAGAAGAUAUUUCUGUGAUGAAGGUACAAAGGAGUAGAGGAAGGAAAAGGCCCCACUCGGAGGCGUCCCACCAAUGUACACACAGCAGGGUUCACUGUACAGGGGACCAGGCGGGGGAUGCAGCCCCGUCGCUACAGGGCACCGAUGGAGGGCAGAGUGGUGCGAAAGAUGAUAAGGCCAAAGAUGGGGGAAGCGGUACUGGAGACGGCUCACCGUGUGGUGGUGGCUCCCCCCGUGAAGAACGAGAACAGGGAGGGAAUGAGAAUCAGGACAAGGGCCAUGGUGGAGGUAGGAGCGGUGAUGGGGGAGGAAGUGGCAACGGGGAAAAGGACCAAAGGGGAGGCGGACGCCAAAAUGAUGAAAGCGAUCAAAGCGAACAGAGUGACCAGAGUAGCCACAGCAGCCAGAGUGAUAGCAGCGGAAGAAGUCUGGCCGGACGUCCCGCGAGCGAUUCUCAACCCAGCAGUAGCUUCAAGUCUAAUCGAGCCAUGUACACGAGCGCGAAGGUGCAUGUGCAAAUGCCAAAGCGCACACGACGUAGGAAGAAAAUUGUUGUCAGCUCAUCCACGUCAAACGAUAACGAGUCCUCCAUUUAUAACAUUUUUGAAGAAGACUUUACUUUCUUGUAUCCAAACCAUUCGAACCCGUUUAGUUAUUGCAGCAGUGAUAACCGAGAUCGGACGGGGCACACGGGGGGGAAGUUAUACAACUCUUAUGAGUUUAAUAAAGACCCCAAUUCGAAUAACAGAACGGACCACUUCUACAAUGUGACAGGAGAUGUAGUGUACACUCAAAGGAAACACAAAAAUGAAAUGGGAAUUUUUCAGGAAGAUCAGGCGGAAAUAAUUCACAACGCCGAAAUAGAAGAUAUUUCUGUGAUGAAGGUACAAAGGAGUAGAGGAAGGAAAAGGCCCCACUCGGAGGCGUCCCACCAAUGUACACACAGCAGGGUUCACUGUACAGGGGACCAGGCGGGGGAUGCAGCCCCGUCGCUACAGGGCACCGAUGGAGGGCAGAGUGGUGCGAAAGAUGAUAAGGCCAAAGAUGGGGGAAGCGGUACUGGAGACGGCUCACCGUGUGGUGGUGGCUCCCCCCGUGAAGAACGAGAACAGGGAGGGAAUGAGAAUCAGGACAAGGGCCAUGGUGGAGGUAGGAGCGGUGAUGGGGGAGGAAGUGGCAACGGGGAAAAGGACCAAAGGGGAGGCGGACGCCAAAAUGAUGAAAGCGAUCAAAGCGAACAGAGUGACCAGAGUAGCCACAGCAGCCAGAGUGAUAGCAGCGGAAGAAGUCUGGCCGGACGUCCCGCGAGCGAUUCUCAACCCAGCAGUAGCUUCAAGUCUAAUCGAGCCAUGUACACGAGCGCGAAGGUGCAUGUGCAAAUGCCAAAGCGCACACGACGUAGGAAGAAAAUUGUUGUCAGCUCAUCCACGUCAAACGAUAACGAGUCCUCCAUUUAUAACAUUUUUGAAGAAGACUUUACUUUCUUGUAUCCAAACCAUUCGAACCCGUUUAGUUAUUGCAGCAGUGAUAACCGAGAUCGGACGGGGCACACGGGGGGGAAGUUAUACAACUCUUAUGAGUUUAAUAAAGACCCCAAUUCGAAUAACAGAACGGACCACUUCUACAAUGUGACAGGAGAUGUAGUGUACACUCAAAGGAAACACAAAAAUGAAAUGGGAAUUUUUCAGGAAGGUUUGUUGGUACCAUCAGAUGGAGGUGCCUUGGAGGGCUUAUCGGACCCAAACGGAGGGAAGGCCAAGAAGAAAAAGAAGAAAAAGAAAAAAAAAAAAAAAAAAAAAAAAAAAAAAAUCAUUAUAAACAUGAUGAACAACACGAUGAGCGCGAUUAACGCCAUGGGUGAGGAAGACCAUACAGGGCAAGUCACUUCAGGAAAGACACAAAAAAAGACCCACAGGAAUACACACCCCGGUAGCCUCGGAGGGUACUCAGACCACUACGCAGCCAGCAGCUCCAAAAAUUCAUGUGCAUACAGCGAGCAGGUCGACAUAUGCGAUAAAACAAACACCAACAUAUUCCUUUACAAAAAGGAAAAUAUAUUACGCUUGAAGAAAACACACGAUGGAAAUAAAAAAAAAAAAAAUUACAACGACAUUAUAUAUCACAUUGAUACGAUUGUAAAUGUUAAUAAAAAGGUAAAGGUCGUGAUUAUCGGAGCAGGUUUGUCUGGACUAACAGCUGCAUAUGUAUUACUGAAUCAUAACGUGGAUGUAACUGUGUACGAAGCAAGAAACAGAAUCGGUGGGCAAGUCACUUCAGGAAAGACACAAAAAAAGACCCACAGGAAUACACACCCCGGUAGCCUCGGAGGGUACUCAGACCACUACGCAGCCAGCAGCUCCAAAAAUUCAUGUGCAUACAGCGAGCAGGUCGACAUAUGCGAUAAAACAAACACCAACAUAUUCCUUUACAAAAAGGAAAAUAUAUUACGCUUGAAGAAAACACACGAUGGAAAUAAAAAAAAAAAAAAUUACAACGACAUUAUAUAUCACAUUGAUACGAUUGUAAAUGUUAAUAAAAAGGUAAAGGUCGUGAUUAUCGGAGCAGGUUUGUCUGGACUAACAGCUGCAUAUGUAUUACUGAAUCAUAACGUGGAUGUAACUGUGUACGAAGCAAGAAACAGAAUCGGUGGUAAGUUUUUUUACUCACCGAAUGGAAAAAAAAACUACUUAGGAGAAAUGGACCUAGUAAUAAACAGAAACAAUCCCCUCAUCAAUUUCUGUCUGAAGAAAAACAUUUACCACAAAGAUGUGAACAGGCAUUUAUACAAACACUACGUAUACUUUAAUGGAAAAAAAAUAUAUAAACAUGAAAUGAGAAGUGAAUUCUUCAAGGUCCUUUACAAACUUAGAUUCUACUAUGAUCAGAUUUUUAACUCCUCCUUCUUUCACAAUGUAAAGGAUAAAAACGCUCUCCUCUCCAUGUCUCUCGGACAAGCCAUUCGAACAGAGCUAGCUAAAAUGAAAAGCGAAAGAAAUCCUAAAUGUUUAUAUGUACAACUAUAUAUUUCUUAUAUAGAAUCCAUAGCAGGAAUUAAUUUAGAUGCACUCUCCAUCCAGUACCUCUUCUACAACCUCAACUGCCUUGAUGUACUUCAGACAAUCUGUUGCAACUUUGAACUCACAGAAAUUUUUAAUAAAUUAAAAAAAAAUAUUAUUAUAAAAAAAAAAAAAAUUGUUAAUAAAAUAUACGCUUACAAUGAUAAUAUAAAAAUUGGCUUCACCAAUCAUGUGGAUAAUAAAUUGUACGACUACUGCAUCGUGACGGUUCCUAUCGGGGUUCUUAAGGACAGUGUGAAGUUGUUCACUCGAAAAAAGACAAAGGGGAUAAAAUAUCGCAGUGACUACCCUACUCAGGUGGAAAAAUUAAAGAAGGUUGGAAACGUAGCGCAAUGCAGGGAGCAUCUCGAGACUGACCAACACUCCUCCACCUGUGCAACUCCCCCACAAAGGAGCAACCUCAUCGCUCGAAAAUUAACCCAACCUCGUACGCCUGAUGAUGGUCCAGAAUGGGUGUCCCCUGGGGAGGAGAAUGGGGACGAAAGCGGGGACGCCCAACGCCGCAACCCUCUAUCAGUGCACCCCCCCUCAGAAUCACACAGCGCACCCCCUUGGGGCAACAACCAGAAUCAAAAUGAAUCCACCUCCAGCGAUUACCUUAUCAAUAACAUAGAUGUCACCACGAACGAAAACAGAAGUACCUGCAGACACAAGGGUUCCAGCAACAACGGGGUAGCUUAUUUCAGUGGGGAAGGAUGCGCUAGCCUGGCCAGGUGCUCCUCCGACACAAACAGCAAUGUUCAUAUUUACGAGGGGAAUGAUAAACCUGGUGAUUUUUUAUGUCGAACCCUUUGCAGUAGAGUAGAUCAAGACCAUAGCCCAAAUGAGUCCUCGUUACAAAAACCCCAUGCAGAAACUCCGCGCAGCUCCAAUAAACAAGGCACGGGGACCUUGUCAGAUGGAAAAAAUACACACAUCUUCAAUAAUGGAAAUUAUGUCAAGUGUAAGGAAAAGAACACGAAAGGAGGAUCCACCCUCCAUUAUAAUCUGAGUCGACAACGGCUGGCGAAAUAUGCUCAGUGUAUUUGCGGAGACCUCCCAAUGAGGGGGAUUGUUAAAAUGGGUCAAGUAGAAAGGAGAAGAAGGGGGACCACCGGUAGAGGAAAGGGGAAGAGACACUCGAAGAAGAAUCCUGGGGGGAAGCCACAUGGUAAUCCAAGGGGCGGCUAUCCCAACACAACCAUAAGGGACCUCCCACAUCAGGAAACCACAGGACUCAUCGAAUUCAUUCCGAAACUGCCGAAGUGGAAGACAAACAGCAUUCAAAGAUUAGGGGUCACCCGAAACAACAAAAUUAUUAUCAUGUUGAAGGAGAAAAUUGUGGAGAGCCCUCAAAAUGUUAGUAUUUUUUUUAACUGCAGAAAAGGGGAAAGGGAAAUGACCUCCAAGCAGCAGGGGUGGCUUCAUAAGGACGUCUUAAACAGGGACGACCUCCUCGUAACUCCAUCCUUUACACCGGAUCAGGGGACUAGUAGCUCGUGUGUUGCUAGCGACAUGCCCCUCACCAACAAUACAGCGAUGGGUGUCUUCCCCCCCAUGGAGGUUUCCCAUUUGAGAACGGAUGGAAAUGGUGAAGGGGAAUUUUCCCCCACGCAAGACAGGAAGGAGGAGCUACUAACAGGAGAGACUAACGAUGGGGUAGUGGCAAUGGAGCAAGCACCAAGCAAGAUUGAAGAAGAAACAGUUCACUAUGAGAAUGCCCCCCCUAUUGAGCGAACCCAUAACAAGAAUCAUACCUACCGUCGUACCCCCUUCAAACGUACAGAACGAGGAAGCAGCUUUAUGGAAUGCCUUAAGAGAGACCACCUCAUCAACGGAGACAAGUACCAAUCCACAUAUAACAGUUACGUUGCCUCGAACAAAUACAAUCACAUGGUAUUCUACACUGCACACCCAGUCAUCGCCCUAUUCUUAAAAAAGAAGUACAGAAAGGAAAUGGCCAAAUUGAAUAAAAAAAUUAUUAUAAAGGAUUGCAAAUCAUUCUUAAACGAAUUAAUACCAGGCAUUAAAAUUGAAAAAAUAUGCUACUACGACUGGGUGAGGAAUAGGUUUUCUCGUGGAAUGAAUUCUUUCAUUGGAAGGAAGACUUUGCAAAUCGAUAAGGACAUCAUAUCCUUCCCCAUUAACAGACUCUUGUUCGCAGGGGAACACACACACAAUGGUGGAGGCAGCUCACUUGUGAGCUCCUUCCUCAGCGGAAAGAGGGAGGCCUACAGGAUCAUUGAAAAAAUUAACAAAGCUAUUUACAAGAACAAAUUGGUCAAGUACUUUUACAGUAGGGAAGCCUCCGGGGAGGUUGAAGUACCUAGUGGAAGAUGCACCAUCACUGUGGACAGUGCCUUUCCCAUGGCUAACACCAUAGCUAACACCAUGCCUACCGUUGGAGAAGGUAGCCUGCCCAGUGCGUGUAGUGAGGGGUUACGAUUGUCCGAGCAAGGCAGCACCACUCCACAAAAGGGAUACACACGGCACAUACAACACUACCCAAACUACGGAGAAGCUAAAGGGCCAAAAGAAAUCACCAUCAAGGACAUCGACUCCAAUUACGUCCUCCACGUGUACGAUGAUGAAGUGAUAGGGCUAGGAAAAAAAGAAUACAACGCAUGGUUCCAGAGCGUCAGGUGUAUACUCUGUAAUGAAAAACAAACCUUAAGCAGACUCUUCAUUGGAGUCAUUAAGCUAAAACAUAAAAAUGGAUCCUACCUUAAGUACACGUGUCACAAAGACUGCCUUUACUUUAAUAAUUAUACAUACAAUCAUGUGUAUGGAAACAGGUACUUCAACCUUACUGUCCUUUUUAACUUUCUCUUUUAUAAAAGGUGUUCCAUUUGCUUACUUAAUUUCCCCUCCCUAAAAUGCAGCUUAAAAAAUUGUAAUAAUUUUCUUCAUGUCAAUUGUGCUAGCAGCUACUUAUCGUGGCCCAACUUCAGCAAAACCAGCAGACAUGAGAUCCUUUAUUGUUACAAACACCAGUACAUGCACGGGAUUUAUCACAACUACUAUGAAGAGGAGGGCAGUGAAAAUUUCCUGCGCCAGUUAAGGGAAGAUAGGGACAGUCCUAGUGCCUAUCUGCGAUGGGAGGAAAGGGGAAGCGGAAAUGCAUGUGGAGGAAGGGACGACAACUGGGAUGAGGAGGAUCUCUACAACGAUGUGUACGAUCGGUACACUGACCAACGAGACUCCUUCCUGCUGCCACUCCACGGGCGCUACCACGCCCCCCUGCGAGAAGGCACAAACCAGGCUAGCAUAAGCAACGACGCGCCGUCCGCCAACCCAGCCAGGUUCCACUACACAGAAAAAUUCUGCAGCAACCCCAAAACAAGCAGCACUUCUAAGUACCCACCCAUAGAAGAACUUACCGACAACGUACACGCAAACAUAAGCAAGCUAAUGGAACACUACAGAGAUAAAAAUGACCAGAGGUCAGGUCAAAUGGAUCUAACCUCCAAUCUGAGAGCAUUCAAUUAUAUCACGGAAAAUCUGUACAUGUAUGUAAAGAAAAAAUACACCAAACUUUUCCCUUCAUCGGAUCCAUUAAGUGCUUUGCUUCGUGAACCACCUUUCAAAAGUGAGGCCAACCUAGGGGAAGUGUUAGGAGGAUUAGAUAGAGGUCUCCUGGGCUUGAGUUACCUAAACAAAGAUGUACUCCUGUUGAAUGGGUUGCUUAAAAUGUCAUGUCUCCAGGGGGUGGGAUCUUCCUUCCACCAAGAUAUAAUAGUUCCUGUGGACGGCAGGUACGACGGUUUUGUGGAGGAGGGAUUUUCCGAACAUCUGCACUGUUAUCCGGAGGACACAAAUGAACACUCGAUGGAGAAGCAGCACCGUGAGAGGGGAAGCGCUUUACGCAGUGGGGAGGUAAACACAUUGAGGGGGGAACACAACCAAACAAACGCAAACAACGACCCUCGGAACAAAUUACGUCAUGACCCCUACCCCCGUGGAAACAAAGCAGCAAAGAACCACUUCAACUUGCAAAAUACACACAGCGGUGCUGUCAUCACCGAAGAAGAUUCAGCUAUCCUAAAGGUAAUGUAUGAACAAGGAAUUUUUGGUACCCCCAAAGACGAUACAUGUUACCAACCCAGCAGCAGCCACAUACAAGCCGAUAACAACUCUAACGGAGCCGAAGGAGAAACUCAACGGAGGAAUUAUACCAGUACACACAACACAUACGGGGCUAUGACAAGGGGGGAGGACUCUUCACAUGGAAAUCACAGGGGGGGAGUAGCAAAUCAUGACGAUGAACAAUUAAGAAAGCAAACAGGACAAACACACCACAUGAAGGAGGCCAACCACCAAUGCAAAACUAACACCUAUCAUGAAUCUGCUAGCCAACCAGUAGUCAUACCACCCCAUGUGGACAGUGUCACUUACAACCUUAUGUUUCACUUCCUCUCAAACUACUUCCGAGAGCUGAGCCAAAGCAAGCGAACAAUUAUGAGCAACACAGGGGUGCUGUACACACCAGACGGGACCACAAACAGUAGCGCAGACAACCGAAACGCCAACUGGGCGAACGCAGUGGGGGAGUCCUUCACAAACCAAUUCCCCAAGGAGACACAAAAAGGGAGCAGUGGCAUGUUCACUUACCCCCCGGACGUAGUCCACAAGGCAAAUCAAGUAGACAUGGAAGCGGAGAAAAAUAAUAACCGAUUCGUUAGCGAAGGGUGCACGAACCCAACAAACAUAAUCAGUUUCCAGACGACACACAACGACACACCCAACCUGCACAUGCAUGUGGGAGUGACAAAAGUUGCAGAAACGAAUCAACAAAAAAAAAAAAAAAAUGUGCCACACAAUAACAAACUUGAAAUGCUAUACAAUCUCUACCUCGACAAGAACAAUCUGAAAUGUUCAGGUGAAAAUGAAAAUGAUCCCUCGUCAAAUGGCACGACUAAGGGACUCUUUCGGAACAGGCUGCUGGAAAAUUAUUAUCAUAUCUUGAAUGGAAAUUUGAGGAGGGACAAAAUGAAGCGGAGUGGGGACGAUGCGGACCAGAGGAAUGGCACCCCGACACGUGACAACGUAGGAAGCAGUGGCCACAUGCACAAGUCGCAACAGACGCAGCACCGUACGCAGCGGGGGGGAGUGCACUCGGAAGUAACCCAAUCACCACAGCCGAUACAAGUAGAAACCGUUGCAAACAACCCGCACAAUGGAAGGGGAAACACUUCAAUCGCUUCACAACGGGGAAACCACCCAGACCAACACAUCUCCAGCCGAACUGCCCACCAAAGAAGUGUAAAGAAAAAACAAAUGAUGGAAAACCAGGUCCAAGGUGUAAGGCCCCACUCUCAAAUGGAACCAACACACUUUAUAAAAAAGCAGCUACCGCUGCAUGAGGAACAGCCAACCGAUUACAAAGGAACUCUCUUCUUUAACACACAGAACGAGAGGAAGAAUCAAUUCGUACCCCAUGAUGGAGUCACAAAAACGAGGAGAAAAAAGGAUGUGGACGAAAAAAUACAACAAGUACGUGACGCAAUAAUCGAGGGAGAGCCAAGUUACAGUUACAACAGUCGUGUGGUAGGAAAGGAGGGAAAGAAAAAAAAAAAAAAAAAAAAUUACACGAAUGAAGUGGAACACAUAAAUGAACAACUCUUGCUCAACCACUUUGGAGCAGCCGAGUCGGUUCAAAUAUUUAACAGUCUCAAUCGGACAGAGAAGGAGCAGCUCAUUUCCAUUCUGCUAAAUGUGAAAGAUGAGGUCAAUGGGCAGGUUGAGGAACACGUGGAGGAUGGGGAAGACUCGGAUGAAGUACAAGUCAUCGAGGACGGCGAAAGGCAAAGGGAGGAAACCAGCCACGGAGUCAACCCGUUGUCCCCUCCUAUACACACAAAGAGGAAGCCACCAAGAGAGCAAAAUGGAGCAUCGAAUGGGAACAACUCUACAUAUAACACCAGAAGGAAAACCAAAGGUGUGACUUCUUUAUUGUACCAGGAUCAACAGCCAAUUGAGAUCUACUACGAUGAUAGGGAGGUGGUCAUUACCGAUGGCAGUCCGUCCAAAGAACCAUGCAGCGCAGCCCCACCAAUCCAUGGUGAACACAACAGAAGGAACCCGCUAAGUACAAAUGCAAAUCCCAGGAACGAGAAGGAACCAAGCAUGAACAGAAACAACCACACUAACUACAAGGGAAAAAUAAACACCAAUAACGACUCUACUGUGAUAGGAAACUCCUCCGAUGAAAAAAAAAAAAAAAAAAUCUCAACAUGGCUUCAUCAUAUGUGA